GUUGAAAAAGCAGAUUGUUGUAUGCUGCAUAUCACUCUUCCAAUUUUGCAUUAUCGGGCCUCAGCAAUCAUGGAUGCUCACUCUGUCUCCUUCACCAGCGUAGCACAAAGAAGCACAUCCCGCAUCUGGCAAGAUCUCAAAACCUGCCGCCCGCAUAUCAGUCUGACAGGCCUGCAGUCACGACCACUCAUGUCUGGCAGACAGUCUCCGAGACUGUCAUUAUGCAAGCGUCGAGCUGCAAUUGCGGAUCGCAAACCGCACAUUGGCAUCAUAGGUGCAGGCCUCGCCGGCCUCCGCUGUGCGGACGUCCUACUGCAACAGGGGUUCCAUGUCACCAUCAUUGAGGGCCGGAAUCGGCUGGGCGGGAGAGUCCACCAAGUGAGGAUGCCGGCAGGCUACCUCGUCGAUGCAGGCCCGAAUUGGAUCCACGGCACGAGCGACAACCCCAUACUCGACAUUGCGAAACAGACAGCCACGCCUGUGGGCACGUGGGACUCAAACACGUACCUGUUCGAUGACAAAGGCGAUGCCGUGCCUCUUGCCGAGGCCGAGAUUUACUCUACAAUGAUGUGGGAUAUCAUCGAGGCUGCGUUCCUCCACAGCAAUAAGAACUGCGCGAACAUAACCCCCGACGAGAGUCUCUGGGACUUCUUCCAACUUGAAGUGGCGAGAAGGCUGCCGGAGUCCGAGGCGGACUCUCUUAGGAAGAGAGACCUGGUCUUUCAGAUUGCGGAAUCUUGGGGCGCCUUUGUGGGCAGUCACAUCUUCGGGCAAAGUCUAAAGUACUUCUGGCUCGAGGAAUGCAUUGAGGGCGAAAACUUGUUCUGCGCUGGCACUUACGAGAAAAUCCUGGCAGCGAUAGCCGCACCGGCUCAGGCUCAAGCAGAUAUGAGGCUCAACACGGUUCUCACAAAGGUGCAUUGCACAGGCGAUACUAGCGGCUCUGUCGUGGUCGAAACGGACAAAGGCAGCUUCGAGUUCGACGAAGUCGUAUGCACGAUGCCUCUUGGGUGGCUCAAGAGAAACGCAGUUCAUGCCUUCCACCCACCACUACCACAGAGCAUCAUUCAUGGUAUCGAAAACAUUGGUUAUGGUUGUUUGGAGAAAGUCUACAUCAGUUUCCGCUCGGCAUUCUGGACCAAGUCAGACGACACGCAAAACACUGUGAAGGGAUUUUGCCAGUGGUUGCGACCAGACUACGCACCGGGCACGAAUCCAAAGCGCUGGAACCAAGAGACUGUCGAGCUUGCCUGCCUGGCACCGGAAGCAUCACAUCCGACGUUGCUGUUCUACAUCUAUGGCGACCAGUCCAGAUAUCUGACAAGCGAAGUCGCGAAAUUUUCCACGGAGGACAAGAAGGCGGCAUUCCUGUACGAGUGGUUCCGGCCAUAUUACUCACGGCUUCCGCAGUACAGUUCAGAGUCAGCCGACUGUGAUCCAACGGGCUACUUUGCGACAAACUGGCUCGCAGACGACUUGGCAGGCAACGGAAGCUAUAGCAAUUUCCAAGUGGGGCUGGAGCAUGGAGAUAGAGACAUCGAAGCGAUGCGGAAGGGAUGCCCCGAAAGGGGUCUGUGGCUCGCAGGCGAGCACACGGCGCCGUUCGUUGCCCUCGGAACAGCCACAGGCGCAUACUGGAGCGGAGAGUCUGUCGGCAAGCGGAUCGCAGAUGCGUACGGUCGCGGCGUCGGAGUCCAUGGACAGGCUGCCGCUCCAGCUUAAUGUUUGGAGCUAGGUGAGGUAACAGAUGACAGUGAAUGACGAUGACAGUGCGUUGCAAACCAUGCUUGUUGAUUCACCGCGAGCAGUGACACUUGUCAGCCCUCACGGAUGUCUACAGGUUUGCUG